AUGGUUUCUCUGAAAAUGGAGAAAGUCAAGAAACAGGAUCCUCUUCUCUCCGCGAUUGUGACCGGCUAUUCCAUCGUGCUUAAUGAGAUAAACAUCACACUCUCUCUCCUCAGCAGCAAUUGGACUGCUCAUUGUGGAAACUCAGCGGUGUGUUUCUCGGCCCGGUCUCUCAGCGUUGGCAUUUCCCUCGAGAAUUUUGCGAGGCUCCUUCCGGGUGUGGCCAUGAUGACAUUUGCGUUUUCUUACGCAUUUGACAUUGCCAAUCAAGCCUUCUCCGUUGAAGAAGAUGCCAUCAAUAAACCUGAUCGUCCUAUCGUGUCGGGAAGACUCUCCAUUGAAAGUGCCUAUGCCCGAUGGUUCUUGACCUGGACUUCCUUUCCGGUCGUGGCUCAUUUCAUGGUCAAUGGAUCUGCUGCUACAAUGAUGAUUAUAUGGGAGCUUUGGGUACUUGUGUUUUAUGUCUGGCCAAAGUUGGAUCAUUGGGCCGCUCGCAAUUUGUUCACUGCUGUGGGCGCUAUUAUCCAACUGAGUCUUUUGGACGCUUUCCUCACAAGGUUCUACCCAGACUACCUGGCGGAUACCUCACUGGGUUAUUUGCUCUUCUGGUGGCUAGUCUUGACUAUUCAUGUUCAAGAAUUCCACGAUAUGGAGGGUGAUAGGGCCACUGGGCGACGUACCCUGCCAUUACUCAUCGGCCCAAGACACCAUUUGACCCUUCGGGUAGCAACUGCCACCGGAAUGAUCAUAAUGAUGGUGAUCAACAUUCUGCGAGCCCGAGCAGAAUGUAGUCAUUCGUUUUACAACAUGCCGACUGAGAUUUUUAUUCUCGCCGUAAUUCACCUAGAGACAAUGGCUGUUGUUGCUGUGCGCCUAAUAAUGAUGCGUUGGAAAGAGGCCGAUAGGCUUACAUACAAGUAUUACUAUACACUAGCAACAUAUGCUAUGUUACUAUUCAGCUCUGUUAUGGAGGGGGUCACUAGGGAAUUGUGA